AUUCCGAGCUGCGAAAGGCUCCAACCUCACAACUCGUCAUCCUCGCAGAGAGAGAGAGAGACGCCCUUUCGAAAGGGAUCCUCUUCCGUAACCGGCUGCACGGUGCAGACGCCAGCAAAAUGGCACAAAAAAACACGGCGAGGAGUCGGAAAGAAAGAAAUAGCUGGGGCGGAUUUUCGGAGGGAAACUUCAAUUGGACAUCAGAAGAUGAAGCUGUGCAGCAAGCCAGACCAGUUCAGAUUCUUGUUGUUAAUGAUGACCAUACUUUUGAACUGGAUGAAACAGCUCUGAACAAAAUCCUUCUCUCAGAAGAAGUUAGAGAUCGGGAAGUGGUUGCCUUAUCUGUUGCUGGUGCCUUCAGGAAAGGAAAAUCAUUUCUUAUGGAUUUCAUGUUGAGAUAUAUGUACAGUCAGGAUCACAAUACUUGGUUAGGUCACGAUGAUGAGCCUUUGACUGGUUUCUCUUGGCGUGGAGGUUCAGAGCGUGAAACUACUGGGAUUCAGAUAUGGAGUGAGGUCUUUCUGGUGGACAAGCCUAAUGGAGAAAAGGUUGCAGUACUAUUGAUGGACACGCAAGGGACAUUUGACAGUCAGUCAACUCUUAGAGACUCUGCUACAGUAUUUGCACUUAGCACCAUGAUAAGUUCAAUACAGGUAUAUAACUUGUCGCAAAAUAUUCAAGAGGAUGAUCUUCAGCAUCUACAGCUCUUCACUGAAUAUGGACGUCUAGCUAUGGAAGAAACAUUUCAGAAACCAUUCCAGUCACUUAUAUUUCUAGUCCGUGAUUGGAGUUUUCCAUAUGAAUUCAACUACGGUCUUGACGGAGGCUUCAAAUUCCUAGAGAAACGCCUUAAGAUUUCAGAAAAUCAGCAUGAAGAACUACAGAAUGUCCGGAAACAUAUUUAUUCUUGUUUUACAAAUAUUGCCUGCUUCCUGAUGCCACACCCUGGUUUGAAAGUGGCUACCAAUCCCAAUUUUGAUGGACGGCUAAAAGAAAUAGAUGAGGAGUUUAUAAAACAUCUGAAGGUGCUGGUUUCUUGGCUACUGUGUCCUGAGAACCUUGAGCUGAAAGAAAUCAAUGGGAAUAAAAUAACCGGUCGAGGGCUUGUGGAGUAUUUUAAGGCAUACAUAAAGAUCUAUCAAGGGGAGGAACUACCUCAUCCCAAGUCCAUGUUACAGGCCACAGCAGAAGCAAACAAUUUAGCAGCUGUAGCAGCAGCCAAAGAUCUGUACGGUAAAAAAAUGGAGGAGAUCUGUGGAGGAGACAAACCAUUCCUUGCACCAAGUGACCUCCAGAGUAAACACUUGGGGCUCCGAGAUGAAGCUGUUAAAUUAUUCCGUGGAGUUAAGAAGAUGGGAGGAGAGGAGUUCAGUCGCCGUUAUUUGCAACAACUAGAGAAUGAAAUUGACGAGUUGUACAUAAACUAUAUAAAACACAAUGAUAGUAAAAACAUCUUCCAUGCUGCCCGUACACCAGCCACUCUAUUUGUGGUGAUAUUUAUUAUGUAUGUAAUAGCUGGAGUGACAGGAUUUAUUGGAGUGGACAUUAUAGCCAGUCUGUGCAACAUGAUAAUGGGGCUGGCACUGAUCACCCUGUGCACAUGGGCAUACAUUAGGUAUUCUGGAGAAUACCGAGAACUUGGAGCUGUCAUAGACCAAGUAGCAGGAGCCUUAUGGGAGCAGGCUCUUUUCAGGCUAUAUGACGCAGCUACAAGCCACAGACACAUUUAUCACCACACCUUCCCUGCAGCACAACCAGAAAGCAAUGCAGAUACCAAGAAGAAAAAUUGAAUUGACUGGAUUCCUCUGCUGCACAUUCACAAGGGAAAUCUUUCACUAUUAUUGUGCAUUCCCAUGCCACUAAUCCAAGAAGUGCUAUAUAAAUGGAAAGCCAAUGAUAUGAUAACUUGUAACUGAAUGAAAUCACAUACCAACACAGAAACUGUGCUGGUUUUCACUUAUAGUUAUGUUGCAAAUUGUAUUGUGAAAAUGUGCUAGUUUGCAUGAUUUUGUUAACUGUUGAAAUGAGUCAAAUGUUCUUCCAUCAAGAAUGUACAAUUAAUGAUUAUUUUAAUCACUUUAAUGAACUUCUGGCACCUGUUUUUUUUCUUUCAACUGAACAUUUGUCUUCCAUAAGAACUUUAAUUUUCAAUGUAAGCACUGCACAUUUAAAACAUUUACUAUUUAUUGAAUGCUAAAACCUGUUUUGGGACUCAAUUUCUUUACUGUCUUAAGAUUGCAAUAUAGUAUAUGUUAAAAAAACUUUGCUCAUAGCUACAGCAAAAUGUUUCCACCUAUGAAAAAUAAAUUUGUUUUAUUACUUUAAGUCAGUUCAUCUUAAUAAAUCAUUGUGUCCUGAUAAAAUAUUUAAGUCACCUUUAAUGCAACAUUUACUUCAGUUUAAGACCAAAAUAGUAGCCAGCAAGACCAGAUUAAUAUGUUAUUAUUACUUUUAGUAAAAGAGCACAAAAACAUGAGAUACAAUAUCUAAAUUAAUUAAUUGCUGAAUUCUGUUCUUGUUCUGUUUUCAUUCUGUAAAUAAUGGUUUAUAUGCACAAAUGUAACCCUGAAUCUCCAGAGAGCAGGUAGUUUCACAUCAUGGAAAAUAAUUCAAAUAAUCUGCUCGAGGUCAAAAAGUAAAGAAAUUUGUGAAAUGCGACAAAAUAGUCCAUGAAAAAGAGGUUUCUGAAAUUCAUUUAAAUUUCACCCUUCGCUUCACCAAAAGCAAUUUUAACUUGUGGUAAUACAAGUAUACUUUUCCAGAUAUACAGGAAAUCAAAAUUGAACAACAGUUUCCAGGUAAAGCUAUUACUUUCUGGUCUUUUGAGUGCUACCAAAUAUCUUUGUAAACUUUUAUGAGCCAAUCACUAAGGGAAGCUGAAAUAUAAAAGUUAAAUAUUUCAUCAGAUAAAGCUCAUAAAACCCCUUACCCAAAUACAAAUAAUAAAAAAAACUGCAGAUUUAUCAAACCUCAGCUGUGUCCAACAUUGGAUGUGAUCCUCUAAUUGGAAACAUUUGCUAAAUAACACUGUGCCAAGAGUUACACCGACAAUCAAUUUAGCAUUGUCAGUAAGGUUUGCAGUGUGCCACAUUUGCACAUAGAGGAAGGUACAUAUUUUAAUACGUAUUUAAAAAUAUCUCUAUUUUUCACAGAGAGAUCAUGUGUAAACAUUCCAUUCUUUUCAAUUCGUCAAAACAAGCGACAGAUGAUCUCCGGUUCAUUUCUCUUAGCAAUGCAAUCAUAGUCAAUCUGUGUGGUUUAAAAUUUAAACAAUGUUUAGCAGUUAACUGUCAAUCAUCGUCUAACUGGCGCAUCCAUGGCAAUGCCACUGCCAGAGUCUACUUGUCAAUCAAGACUCGUCUCACACAGUAUCACUGUUGUUUUGCGUUUAUAUUUGUAUCGCUUGUAAAUUGCCCUGAUUAAUUCAAGAUGAAAGCUUGCAACAAAAUGUUAUUUUUCAGCAAUACUCCCUUCUUUUGGUAGUAGAGAAAUUAUUUUUAGUAUGAAAUCAACUGUCCAGAAUUAAGAGUUUCUUUCCCACUCUACUUAUACCUUUUAUGAGAUGGUAAACCAAGACAUCGAUUGAUCAGGUGUCAAUAAUACAAGUUAAUAUUAGGGUAGUUAUUUUGGAAGCAUGAGAUCGAUUAACCUGAGGGAUAUUAUCUAAAUCUAACACUUGAAAUAAUUUGUUUGUUUUUUUAACAGUUCUAAGUUUCCUUCCCUUAUUACGUUUCCAACUAUCAUUUUUGUACAUGAUUUCUUGUCAUAUUCUGUUUAUUGCUGGAAAAAACUAUUUGCUGAAGCUUUUCACCUUGCACUGAAGAUAUUUUUAAGAAUAUCAAUGAGAAGGGCAACACCAUUGUAGAUUUUUUUUUCUAAUCAACCUUUUAGAGAUAAACUAGGAGAAAGUGAGGACUGCAGAUGCUGGAGAUCAGAGCUGAAAAAUGUGUUGCUGGAAAAGUUCAGCAGGUCAGGCAACAUCCAAGGAG